CAGCUCAAGAACAAGCCCUAGCCACAAACUGCGUGAAGGCAAAAAUUCAACAUGUUACCACCAACAGCAAAUGCCGCCUCUGCAAUGAGAAAGAUGAGACAGUCGACCACCUGAUUAGUGGGUGCAGCAAAAUUUCACAAACUGACUACCUACAACGCCAUGACCGUGUUGCUAAGAUCAUUCACUGGAAAUUGUGCCAGAAGUUUGGAUUUGAGUACAGCAAAAACCACUGGGAACAUCAGGUUGAGAAAGUUUUAGAGAAUGAGAAACUCAAGAUCUUGUGGGACUUUAGGAUUCAGACUGACAGGCACUUGGUCCACAACACACCUGACAUAACAAUAGUUAAAAAAAGGAUGGUUCAUUGACAUUGCAAUACCUGGUAAUGCACGGAUUGAAGAUAAGCAGCAAGAAAAAAUCACAAAGUACUGGGACUUACAAAUUGAAGUUGAGCGACUGUGGAAAAAGAAAUCGUGUGUUGUCCCGAUUGUAAUUGGAGCCCUUGGAGCAAUACCCAAAGGGCUACCCCAGUAUUUAGAAAUUCUAAAUUUGCCGGACUUGAACAUUUUGACUACAAAAAACCACCUUACUCAGAACAGCUUACAUCCUCCAACGAUACCUUAACGGUUCCUAGGUCCUUGGUUAGGACUCGAGCUGCUGAGCUAUUAACCAGCCUCAAAGGCUGUGAAUCUCACUAAAGAUUAACCAAUAAUGAUGAUGAUGAUGAUGAUGAUGAUGCUAGAUCUCUUUCUCCCGCUGCGCAUACCCAUCCGUCUUCCUGGGGGAAUUUAAUGAAUUGAAUUUUGAAUUGAAUUCUUUAUUGGCCAAGUGUGAUUGGACACACAAGGAAUUUCUCUUUGUUGCAUAUGCUCUCAGUGUACAUAAAAGAAAAGAUACGUUCAUCGAGAAUCAUAAGUAAAGGCCAGGAAAAAAUCCGUCCCCUCCACCAUGCCUGCUGUGGAAGAGGAAUUUAAGGAGAUUUGACACACGCAAAUUUCCAUCUUUUUUUUUUCCCGUUGGGAUUUGCGGGAGCCAAGACUUUGGACUUGUCCGAUGGAGCUGGCCGAAAAAACGCCCCUUGCAAGGGCCUUCACCAUGGUCAACGAGUCCCACGGUGAGUUUCCUCCGAUGAGUAACGGCCUCAGCGUCACCCGAUCCAAUGGCAGCAACAGCAGCAGCAGCGGGGAGAGCUCCCAAAACAGCUCCCGGUGCUCCACUCCCGUCCUAGACACGGAGCGUCACGAGCGCCUGCGGGAAAAAAUGCGUCGUCGUCAGGAAUCCGGGGACAAGUGGUUUUCCCUGGAGUUUUUCCCUCCCCGGACAGCCAACGGAGCCGUGAAUCUCAUCUCCAGGUUCGACCACAUGGGGGCAGGCGGCCCCCUUUUCAUCGACGUCACUUGGCAUCCGGCUGGCGAUCCGGGUUCCGAUAAGGAGACCUCGUCCAUGAUGAUGGCCACCACCGCCCUCAACUACUGCGGGCUAGAGACCAUUCUCCACAUGACCUGUUGCAAUCAGAACAGGGAAACCAUCACCGCCCACCUACAGAAGGCCAAACGUUUGGGGCUGAAGAAUAUUAUGGCGCUACGAGGAGAUCCUAUUGGGGAAGAAUGGGAAGAAGAACUGGAGGGCUUCAACCACGCAGUGGACCUGGUGAAGCACAUCCGUCAGGAGUUUGACGAUUAUUUUGACAUCUGCGUGGCGGGUUAUCCUGGGGGGCACCCUGAGGCCGAGAGCUACAUUGAUGACUUGAAACACCUCAAGGAAAAAGUGUCCGCCGGAGCGGAUUUCGUCAUUACGCAGCUAUUUUUCCGGACGGAAACUUUCCUCAAAUUUCUAACAGACUGCCAGGCCAUCGGCAUCAGCUGCCCCGUGGUGCCGGGGAUAUUCCCCAUCCAGGGUUAUCAUUCUCUGCGCCAGCUUGUGAAGCUCUCAAAAUUGGUGGUGCCUCAGGAAAUCAAGGACAUAAUUGAGCCAAUCAAGGACAACGAUGCGGCCAUCAGGAACUACGGCAUUGAACUGGCGGUCAAGAUGUGCCGAGAACUCUUAGAUAGCGGCCUGGUCCACGGUCUGCAUUUCUACACCCUGAAUCGCGAGGUGGCCACCAUGGAGGUCUUACGACGGUUGGGCCUUUGGAAAGAAGACCCAAGGCGUCCUUUGCCAUGGGCGGUUAGCGCUCACCCCAAACGGCGAGUUGAAGACGUCCGGCCUAUUUUCUGGGCUUCCCGGCCGAAGAGCUACAUCUAUCGGACGCAGGAGUGGGACGAAUUCCCCAACGGACGAUGGGGCAACUCUUCGUCCCCUGCCUUCGGGGAGCUGAAAGACUACUACCUUUUCUACUUGAAGAGCAAAUCCCCCCGAGAGGAACUCCUGAAGAUGUGGGGGGAAGAGCUGAUCAGCGAGGAGAGCGUCUACGAAGUCUUCAGGUGCUACAUCGCUGGAGAGGCCAACAGAAAUGGACACAAGGUCACCUGUUUGCCAUGGAACGAUGACCCUCUGGCUGCUGAGACUAACCUCAUGAAAGACGAGCUGGUUAAAGUCAACCGGAGAGGCAUCUUGACCAUCAACUCCCAACCUAACAUCAACGGAAAGCCUUCCACGGACCCCAUCGUGGGUUGGGGACCAGAAGGUGGCUACGUCUUCCAGAAGGCUUACCUGGAGUUUUUUACCUCAGCCGAGAACAUCAAAGCUCUUCUCGCAGUUCUGAAAAAAUAUGGAGAGCGCGUGAAUUACCACAUUGUCAACGUGAAGGGAGAAAACGUGACCAACGCUCACGAGAUGCAACCCAACGCUGUCACAUGGGGGAUCUUCCCGGGCAGAGAGAUCAUCCAGCCGACAGUGGUGGACCCAGUUAGUUUCAUGUACUGGAAGGACGAGGCCUUCGCCUUGUGGAUCGAGCAGUGGGCGAAGCUGUACGAGGAAGAGUCGCCGUCCCGUAUGAUCGUCCAGUACAUUCACGACAACUAUUACCUGGUGAACUUGGUGGACAACGACUUCCCCUUGGACAGUUGUCUCUGGCAGGUGUUGGAGGACACCUACGAGCAGUUGAACAGCCCAGGAAAGGAAGAGAAAACCUCUGGAUUUUGAAACUGGGAACUCCCAACACUUUUUUUUACCUCCGUCACAAAUAUCGGCAGCUAAGAAACUCAGCAGUAUCCUGGGUUCUGCUAGGUUUUUCAGUUUUUUAAAUAAGAUUUUUGAUGACCACUGCUAUAAUCAGCGGUCCCCAGCUUGGCGGCCUGCCCUGGUGCUGUGUGUGUGUGUGUGUAUGUGUGUGAGUGGCAGGCGCACGCACGCCAGGGGUGGGAUCCUACCGGUUUAACAACCGGUUCGCUCAGCUCGCGCGCCACAUUGAGGAAAACUCACCUUCCGCAUCGCUGCCGGCAAGGAAAAAAGCUGAGGCGUUGCAAUCUACUCUGCCGCGCCUAUCAGCUGGGCUUCGGAAAUGGAAAUAUAUGUGAGUAUAACGCAGGGGUGGGCAGGCGGGCGGGCCACUUUAAAAUCGGUGCAAACCGGUUCGCUCACGGCUUAUAGUCGGAGCUAACGUUUCGCCCGAACCUGUAGAAUCCCACCACUGAUGCACGCGCUCGCAGCUCCAGUGGAGCUUCGUGCCCGAGUGGAGGGUGGUUUGAGUGAAGGGCGCUUGUGCUCCCGCAUGAAGCUCCCCUCGCACAAAUGAAGGCCGCCUGCGCUCGUGCGCAAAGCUCCACGAAUGGUUUGUGCGGGAAUGCAAGUGCCCACCGCUCUCCGCUCGUGUUUAGUGGAGCUUCGCGUGCAAAGCUCGCUUGCCUGUCAGUCGUGUAAGUGGAGCUUCACACUUGCGCCUUCCUCCCGCGGCCCGGUUUUGAACAAGCCGUGGCCCGGUAGUCCGCCACGGCCCGAGAGUCCCCCCCUCCCGGCUCUAAACUUCUUAAGGCGCAGCCACAGCCAGCUUGGCUGAGACUUGCAACCUACCCCUCUUUUUUUAGUUCCUCCACUCCUCACACCUAUUUAUUUUGAUUUUUUGUAAGAGGCGUCGAGAAUUACCUUCCUCGUUUUGUUUCGGGAGGAGGGAGAGGGGGAGCGGCAGCCAGUGGAACCGUUGUAAAGGGAGGAACAAUGAAAUAAAAUGACUCACACUGCUAACGUC